AAAGAAAGUGAUGCCUACGUGACACACAAGGGUUGGACAUGACAAGAAGGGGGAAAAGGCCAGAGAGAAGAGAAGAAGCUCCAGAAGACAUCUGGCUUUACUGCUGUUUCAAACUGGAAUAUUUCUUACAAUGGCAAGCGCUUUAAAGGUAUCGCUGUGUUUUGGGCCAUAAUUCUUCUCACUGAGGUGAACUGCGCUGCACUUUAACCUCUGAGAAAGUCAACACAGAGCAGAAGACCUCUGACUCAACUGUGCUGUCUGUCUCGGGUUUAGAAAGCAGGUGUUAUGGAUCUACAGUAUUUCCUGUGCUGGAGAGUUGCCCCACUGUUUCUCUUGAUGCCAUGUGGGCUCCAUUGUAUGUCAGUGCACAUCCUCAAUGAAGAGCCGGUGUAUGUAAUCCCCGGAUCCAGCCUGGAUCUGAAAGCCCAGAUCAAGCGUGGACACCUGGAAGACAUCUCCACAAUAACCUGGGAACACGAGCCUGAAACAGGGUUUAAUAUUGAGAGAGUGACACUGGCCACGUGCUCUGGCAGGAGUCUCAAGUGUGCUGGUACGAGGCCAAAUGUCCGUGUGAGCACCGAGCAGCAGGAGACGACACUCCAGAUUAAUGGAUACACCACAGCGGACAGCGGCGUGUACGCUCUGACUGUGACAGAUCGCCAAGGAGCCAACACCUCCAGACAAUGCAUCGUCAGGGAAUACGAGGCAGUCCACCACGUCUCCGUCAGCAUUAACGUGUCCCACUCCUUGCUUGUUUGUACCGAGGCCUGGGGGACUGAUCCCAGAUUCAGCUGGCGCCACGAGAGUGCCGACAUCACCAAGGCGGUGGGCAAAGUCUCCAACAAUGGAACAAUAUUAAUUAUUACCAUGUCCCCACUCUGUGGCCACUUCACCUGCAUUGUUAGCAACAAGCUCGGCCAUAGUUCCGCCACCUACACUGCAGCACCUUGUGAGACCAAGAACAGAAGUGCGACGGCAGCUGUAGUCUGUCUCCUGCUCCUGCUGAGUUUAGGAGGAGUGCUCGCAUUUCUGCUGUGGAGGAGGUACAGGCACAAUAACAGAGGAGAAAGGCUGCACGAGCAUUUAGAUGACACCAUCUAAAAGGGGCCUGAGCCACAUUAUGCUGCUCAGGCAUCUCAGAGAGAAGAACAGGAAGAGCACUGGCCUACGGGGGAGGGCCUUCCUGUCCUGUGAGCACUAUGACCUUUCACUGCACUGAAACAAUGUGAAGAGUGAACCGCUUGUGGACAGAUAAAAAAUAUAUAUAUAUAAAAAAGUGGAUAUGUGGAUUGAAGGGCCAGCCUUAUACUGCCUCCCGCUGGGCUUUACCUGAAACUGUUUAUUAAGCAUUCAUUUUGUAACCUUGUGUUAACUAAGCACUGGAUUGAAAUGUACUGUAAAAUAUUGCCUUUAUGCUGAAAUCCCUCUAUGUAAUGUGAUGGAAAUCAACAGAUCACAAAGAUUGUUUAAAUUAACGGUGCUUUUUGUUAUUUUAUUUCCUUCAAGCAUGUAUUUUCACAGAUAUGCGACAAGCUUAUCAGCCCUCCAAUAAAGUUUGAAAGCAGGAUUUAGCAUCUUUAUGAAAAAACAAACAACUGUCAAUGAAAACUGUAAUCACUGAUGGUGACGUGAUUAUUAAAUUGAGU